GCGAAAAAACAAUACCUUCUAGUUUGCAACUCCAUUCACUCAUUCACAUCCACACAGCUGCAAACACACUUUAUCGCUUUUAUACCAUGGACGACAAGCCCAGCCUGCGGGAGCUCGUAGAAAAGGCGGUUGCCGCAGUCAUCGACGCGCAGAUUAUAUACAAAGACGAUGCCUCCGCCGUCGAGGAAAUCAUCCAAAUAACAUCGGCGCUGCGCUUGGCACUGGAGAGUGCCGACGAUACAUCCGGCCAGAAGCGCGACCUCGAGUACGUGCUACACACGUGCGUGGUCGACGCAACACAGCACAUUGACUCCGAAGAGGCGCUCGUCCCGCUGCUAUCGCUGCUUGACAUUGCCGCGGUGCUCAGCGACAAGGAGUUGCUGCUCAGCAAAACCGAGGUGGUCGACAGCAGCCUGGCAUUCACGCUGCUCGAGGAGACGAUGGACACGGUUGGCCGGCGCGCGUCGCUGCUGCGGCGCGGCGUGGUGGCGACUGGCGGCAAGGGCAUAGUGAUGCUCAAGAUGUGCAACGGGUUGCUGCGCCGCAUCCCGCAGGCCGACAUGAGCGAGUUUGCCGGCCGCGUGCAGGUCUUCGUGGCCAACAGCUUUGCGCUCUCGGAGCGCUCAGGCGUCAACCUGCGCGGCGACACGGACACACGCCACGUGGCGCGCGCCUCGGAGUCGGUGAGCGGCGACGCAUUGUACAGCGACUUUUGGCUGCUGCAGCGCUACUUUGCCGACCCGCAGAUGCUCAAGACUGGCGACGCCGCGGCCGCGUUCAUUCGCGCUGCCACGGUCACCGUCGACGAGUUCCGGCGCACGAUCAGCUCGCGUGCGCCGCCCAUAACACUCGACCCAACGGGAAAUGAGACGCUGCGCCAUCUGACGUCGCCGUCGCUGCUGCGCAUGCAGAUGGGCGAUGCGCAGGUCAAGUGCCAGGUGCUCCUGCAGCUGCUGAUUCUUGUGCGCCACUCGGCCACGAACAAAGCGCUGACCGGCGGCUUUGCAUUGACCGACGAGGAGCAGGCGGCGCUGCGCGAUCUGCGUAAGCGCGCUACCGGCCAGCUCGUCGGCGCCGCCAACGACCGCGGACUGUUCAGCCGCACGGCUCAGUUCAUCUUGUUCCAUGAGUCGUGCUGGUUCCGGUGGAAGGCCGAAUCGUGCAAGCCGUUUGAGCCGCAGCCGCUGUUGCCCACAGAGCUCAUUGCCGAGAUGCAGGCGGCGGCGCGCAGCUUCUUGGCCCACGGCACAGUGGCCUUUGCUGCGCCUACCGAGGGUGCUGCACCGCUGUGGGCGCUGCCGCCGGCUGUGGCCGCUGAUGUCGAGGCGCUGGGGUGCGCUGAGCAGGGCAUUACGCUGGCCAGCGCCAUGGCCAGUCUGGACCUGUACUGCCGUGAGGACUGCGACUACGAGCUGCUGACGGCCUCUGAGCAGACGAGGGCUGACUUGAUGCAGUGGCGCGCACUGCGUGAGUCCGUCCAGGACAACAUGUUUCGCCGCCUUGACGCUGCGUCGCACGCGCUAGUGGCAGUGCGCGAGUCGCUGAGCGAGUCCGCCAUGCUGAUGGAGGUAGACACGGCAAUGUAA